AUGGCAACAACAGAAAAUAUUGCCAACACUGUAAAGGGCCAAGAAAAUGGAAACCAACAGAAUGUGGUUGAUCGAAUGACAAGUCUGCCGCUUGUGAGUUCUGCCUGUGACCAAGUAUCUACUGUAUACAUGAGCUCUCCUUCAUAUGUGAGCUCGCCUUCUGUGAAGGCCAUCUGUGAUAUGGCUGAGCAGGGAGUGAAGACCAUAGCUACUGUAGCUGCCAGUGGUACUAAUCCAAUUAUAGAUGACCUGGAACUUCAAUUUGAAAUCGCUAAUGAAUAUGCCUGCAAUAAGUUGAAGGAGAGCCUUCCUAGCCUUCAUCAGGCUACAGACCAGGUCCUUACUGAAACAAAAGAGCUUGUGACAUCUAAAAUAGCUGAUGUAAAAUCUGUGAUGGGGGUUGUAGACAUGACGACAACUGCAGUACAAGGCAACCUGGAAAAAACUAAAGCAGUUGUGGCUGAAGGUACCAGUGCUGUGGGUCAACAUGUAGCUACUGGCAUGGAUAUUUCACUCAUCAAAUCUGAGGAGAUGGUUGAUCACUAUCUUCCUAUGACCAAGGAAGAACUAGCUAAAGUGGCUGUUUCCACUGAAGCCUCUGAUUCUGCAUCAGUACAAGAACAGAGUUAUUAUGUACGCUUGGGAUCUUUAUCUUCUAAAGUUCGUAAUCGUGCAUACCAGUAUUCCAUCAGCAAGAUGCAGCAAGCUAAGCAGAAUGGCCAGGAGACCCUUUCUCAUCUCUACAGUCUUGUAGAUCUGAUUGAAAUGGCAAGAAAAGGUGUUGAAUUGGCAAACAUCAGACUACAGGAUGUUCAAGCAACUUUGAAUCCAACCCUGCUUGACUGGAGAAAGCAACAGCCUGAUGGCCAAGCAAGAGAGAUGCUUGAACAAAUUGAAUCUGAAACACUGGCCCAGACUCGGAAUUCCUCUGACCAGCUCCAAACCAUCUGCCGAACUCUGGCUGCAAAUGUUCGUGGUCUGCCUCAGAAUAUUGAGGAUCAAAUGCAGCACGUCUGUAAGUUAGCAGAGGAGAUCUAUGGCUCACUUUCAUCAGCCAACUCCAUCCAAGAUCUGUCAACACAAUUCCUGUCCCAGAGUAAAGAGCAAAUGCAGAAGAUCCAUGAGGCAAUGGAUGGGGUGAUGAACUAUGUUCUUCACAACCCUUCCCCUAAUUGGCUGGUGGGACCCUUUAUCCCACAACUGACUGAAUGUCAGGAGGCUCAGGGCUCAAUUGAAAUGCAGUAA